AAUGUCACUGACUGGAUGUUAAACUCUAUUUUGCUACCAGUUAUCCCCCCCCCCGUCCCCUCCCCCAUUUUUGUUAUUAAAAACUUUUAAGUAUUUGUAUAUGUUUUCUGUAACAAACCCAGCUCUGAUUUUCCUCACUGUUACCAUUACCUCAGUAUAGAUCUCCAGCAGAAUACGUGUGUGUACUUUACUUUAUCGAUGGAAUUGGACAGAACAGAGGAUGCUUUGAUGUUACCUUUUUGAAAAUGUUCACAAAUUUGUAGUGCAACAUUGUUUGCACUGCUCUCUAGAUUGUCUCCUCCUUCACUUUUUUUAAAAUGGUUUUCUGGCUGUAGUUAAUUGGAAUAAGGGGGACUUUUAUUUUUGAUCUUUUUUUUGCUGCAGAUAAUUGAAGGAUGGUAUUGAGGGAAUUUAAUUAUAAAUUACAGUAAAUGUAAAUGGGGGAGGCUUUUAUUUUGAAAGCUAUCAGGCUGUAACUGAUUACAUGCAGUAGAAUAUGGCUUUCAUUUUGAAAGCGUUCAGGCUAGAGUUUUAUUCCAUAAAUGGGGACUUUAAUUUUAAAACGUGUACAGCUGGAGUUGAAGGACGUUAACGUUUUUUAUUUGUUUGUUUAUUUAUUUUAGUUUUAACUGUUCUGGAGAGGGGACCUUAAUUUUGAUAGUUUGCUGUCUGUGGUUAAAUGGGGUAAGUGAGACAGGGGUUUUUAUUUUGAAGGUUUUCUAGCUGCAGUUUAAAUGCAGUAAAUUGGUCUUUAAUUUUGAAAACAAACAGCUUGGAGGUGAGCGCAGGAAACGAGCUACAGUUUUAUUGCUGUCAUUUUAACUGUAGUAAAGAGGGGACAUGAUUUUUAAAAAAUUAUUGUAGUUUAGACAGCUGCGGCAAAGAGGCGCAGUUGAAAAGUUAUAUUGCUGUAGUUAUAAAUGCAGUCAAGUGGGGACUUUUAUUUUUUAUCACUAGUUAUAAAUGCAGUAAAGAGGGAACUUUUAUUAUGAGAAGUUACAUGGCUAGUUAACUGUGGUAAAGAGGGGGCUUUUAUUUUGAAAAGUGAUGUGGCUGUAGUUCUAACUGUAGCAAAGGGGAUUUUAAUUUUGAUUUGUUUUUUAUUACUGUAGUUUUAGCUGCAGUAGAAAGGCGACUUUUAUUUUGAAAAGUAAUAGGCUGUAGUUAUAGUUGCAGGAAAUAAAGGACUUUUACUUUUAUCUAGUUAAGCUGCAGUGAAGAAGAGACUUUAAUUGUGGAGAGUUUCCCGGCUGUACUUGAAUGCGGAAGUUGUGCUGGGCGGCGCUUCCGCCUGUGCAGAGGAAAGUUGGGCUGCCAGAUCAGGGCGGAUUCUCGGAUUUCGGUCAGAAGAUGGACAGUCAGGGGAGGAAAGUGGUGGUGUGUGAUAACGGCACCGGGUUUGUGAAGUGUGGAUAUGCCGGCUCUAAUUUCCCUGAGCACAUCUUCCCUGCGCUGGUGGGGCGACCCAUCAUCCGCUCCACAGCCAAAGUGGGGAACAUCGAGAUCAAGGACCUGAUGGUGGGGGACGAAGCGAGCGAGCUGCGCUCCAUGCUGGAGGUCAACUACCCAAUGGAGAACGGCAUCGUGCGCAACUGGGAUGACAUGAAGCACCUUUGGGACUACACCUUCGGCCCUGAGAAGCUCAACAUCGACUCGCGCAACUGUAAGAUCCUCCUCACCGAGCCCCCGAUGAACCCCACCAAGAACCGAGAGAAGAUCAUCGAGGUGAUGUUCGAGACGUACCAGUUCGCUGGCGUUUACAUCGCCAUCCAGGCCGUGCUCACGCUCUACGCUCAAGGCCUGCUCACUGGCGUUGUUGUAGACUCUGGUGAUGGUGUGACUCACAUCUGUCCCGUGUAUGAGGGCUUCUCUCUCCCCCACCUCACACGACGACUGGACAUCGCCGGCCGAGACAUCACACGCUACCUCAUCAAGUUGCUGUUGCUAAGAGGUUACGCCUUCAACCACUCGGCUGACUUUGAGACGGUGAGGAUGAUGAAGGAGAAGCUGUGCUACGUGGGCUACAACAUCGAACAGGAGCAGAAACUUGCGCUGGAGACCACCGUGCUGGUCGAGUCCUACGUUCUGCCGGACGGCAGGGUAAUAAAGGUCGGAGGUGAGCGUUUCGAGGCUCCCGAGGCGCUCUUCCAGCCGCACCUGAUUAACGUGGAGGGGGUAGGCGUGGCCGAGUUGCUCUUCAACACCAUCCAGGCAGCCGACAUUGACACAAGGGCUGAGUUCUAUAAGCACAUUGUGUUGUCCGGCGGUUCGACGAUGUAUCCCGGCCUCCCGUCCCGUCUGGAGCGCGAGCUCAAGCAGCUUUACCUGGAGAGGGUGCUCAAAGGAGAUGUGGACAAGCUCUCUAAGUUCAAGAUCCGUAUCGAGGACCCCCCUCGCCGUAAGCACAUGGUGUUUCUGGGCGGAGCCGUGCUCGCUGACAUCAUGAAAGAUAAAGAUAAUUUCUGGCUGACCAGAGAGGAGUAUCAGGAGAAGGGCAUGCGCGUGCUGGAGAAACUCGGUGUGACCGUCAGAUAAACCACACACACACACACACACACACACACACACAUACAUUCACACUUGAAUUAAUUCACACACACAUUCAUACAGGGUGGCAUUUUGGCAGUGUAUAAAUGGGGAAAAUAAGAAGUUGUAAUAAUAAUAAUAAUGAUACUUGAAUUUUACAGUUGCAGCAUAAAAAUAUCAUCGUCUUUUUGGUGCAACCUUCUGACCACGAUGUGGAUUUUAAAGCUCUGAUAAGCGGGUGGGGGGAACGGUUAAGUAGAAUCCUCACGUAUUAAAGUACUUGUUUAUGCUGCCAAAAUUAAACCUAGGAUGGAGCUUCUGUCUCUCUCUCGCUCUCUCGCGCGCUCUCUCUCUCUCUCUCUUCACGUUUCGUUGCCACGUGUCAUUUUUGAAGGACGUACAGGUCACACACACAAAUGGUUUAAGAGAUUAAAAACGUGUCAAAUAAACUUGGGUAAAUAAAUAAAUAAAUCACCAAGAGGAUCCGAACAACAAGAACAAUGAGCUGUAAGAUGUUUAAAGGUGCAGUCUGUAAUUUUUCCUAGCCCUGAGUUCCUAGCCCUGCAAUAAUCAUGCGAUUUUAAAGGUAACUUGGAAAAACUUUGUCACGGUAUUGCUGUACAACAUGUUUUGGCUAUUUUUCUUAUUGUAUUUUUUUUACUUGAAAAAUUCAGAUUUCUGUUUACAUUUUUUUUUUCUGGCCCUGAAAUGACCUCCCAGGCAGUGCUGGUGCUCAGCUGCCACUUCCUUUUCCAUAAAAGGCAACUCACAAAGUAAAAGCAUUUUGAACACGGGAUGUGUGUUUUUGUUUGUUUGUUUGUUUGUCUGUUUUGUCAAUUUUGUUGUUCUUUUUCUAAAAAUUACAAACUGCCCCUUUAAAGCCGACAGGAUCAAACGUGUAAAAGCGCCUGGCUGAGACGGGUUGCUUUUUUAAAAUGUAAAAUGUGUUACUGUCCUGUCUACUUCUUUUUUUUGUUUCCUUUUUCUUUUACCUCGUCAUGUUUUUAUUGUUUUAUUUGCUUGUCGGAUGUGCACACGCCGUUCCACAAGACGCUUCGGUCCACUAGAGGGCGCUAAAGUGAACAAAUCCAUUCAAGUUUAUUAGCCGUGUAGUGUAGGAAAAAAAUAAAUAAAUUAGGAUAGUGUUCCAUCCAUCAGGACCAAAUGACCAUCAUUCCCCCGUAGUGUUAGAACCGGUACGGGACGUUUCCGAAGUUAGCGUGGAGGGAAAAAAAAAUUACAGCACAGCGACCGAAUGAAACGUCAGCAGAAGCUUUUUCCCCUCAGAACAUCAGGAGUGAAUGCUAGUGUUACUAACCAAGCUAACCUUCGUUCAUCGCCUGCACAAUUAGCAUCGAUGUUGGUUUAUCUGUCCCAUAUAACAGCUUAAAUCUGUCUGCUAGUUAGCGUCACGUUUUUGUUUUUUUUGUUUUUUUUCUUUAUGGUAUCUGCUUUCUGUUUUGAUACGGUUCGUUUUCUCGUACACGGUUUGUUGGGUUAGCGCAGCUCGCGUACACAAGCAGGUUUUGUGCGGUGAAACUUUAAAAAAAUUAAAUAAAUAAAAUAACUUACAUGGCUAAUUUAACAAAACAAUGCUAAUAAGGUUAGCCGUGUGCUAACGUUGCUAUGAGGUGUUCGCGGUCGUGUUAGCUGUAACGGCUCUCCACACGUUUAAACGGCUCAUAGAUAGCUCGUGGUAGCAGUCGGCUAGUUAGCGUAGAAUGACGUUAAGGAAGCCGCCGAGGAACUAAAAUGCCUGUUUCGGGGGGAAUAGAUACAUGAUUAGCGCUGUAAUUAUGAGUAAUGUCGAUGUUCUUGAGGGUUUAGUAUUAUCAGUAAUAAUUUGAAUAAUGAUUAAUAACAGCAGCGUGAGUGCUUAUGAAAGCUACAGGCUUCCUCACGAACAGAAGAAGUAAAUAAAUGUAUCGCAGGGUUUUUGUUAUCCCCGAGCGGUAACGCAGUGCCAAGUGUAGUGACUUUUUUUUUUCUUUUUUUUUUUAAACUUUUCUUUUCUUUGGGUUUUGUUUGUUUUCUGUAUUUUGUUAUUUUUGUUUGUAGCGUACUGCCAAACAACUGAUUUAAAUAAAGUAAAUUCAUUUAUAAUUA